AUGGAUACUCCUAGAGUCCUGCUGUCGGCCGUCUUCCUCAUCAGUUUCCUGUGGGAUUUGCCCGGUUUCCAGCAGGCUUCCAUCUCCUCCUCCUCGUCGUCCGCGGAGCUGGGCUCUGCCAAGGGAAUGCGAAGUCGCAAGGAAGGGAAGAUGCCGCGGGCGCCACGAGACAGUAGUACCACGGCCCGGGCGCCCCUGGAGCGCCACGAGCCAGGACCGCGGCCACAGGAUGAGCCCCGGCGGCGGCCGCCGCAGCAGCCCCAAGCGCAGGAGCCUCCCGGCAGGGGCCCGCGCGUGGUGCCCCACGAGUACAUGCUGUCAAUUUACAGGACUUACUCCAUCGCCGAGAAGCUGGGCAUCAAUGCCAGCUUUUUCCAGUCUUCCAAGUCGGCUAAUACGAUCACUAGCUUUGUAGACAGGGGACUAGACGAUCUCUCGCACACUCCUCUCCGGAGACAGAAGUAUUUGUUUGAUGUGUCCACGCUCUCAGACAAAGAAGAGCUGGUGGGCGCGGAGCUGCGGCUCUUUCGCCAGGAGCCCGCAACGCCCUGGGGGCCACCGGCCGGGCCGCUCCACGUGCAGCUCUUCCCCUGCUUGUCGCCCCUGCUGCUGGACGCGCGGACCCUGGACCCGCAGGGGGCGCCCCGGGCCGGCUGGGAAGUCUUCGACGUGUGGCAGGGCCUGCGCCAGCAGCCCUGGAAGCAGCUGUGCUUGGAGCUGCGGGCCGCGUGGGGCGAGCCGGGAGCCGGGGAGGCCGAGGCACGCGCGCCGGCGCCCCAGCAGCCGCCGCCCCCGGACCUGCGGAGUCUGGGCUUCGGCCGGAGGGUGCGGCCCCCCCAGGAGCGCGCCCUGCUCGUCGUGUUCACCAGAUCCCAGCGCAAGAACCUGUUCGCCGAGAUGCGCGAACAGCUGGGCUCGGCCGAGGUCGCGGGCCCCGGCGGCGCCGGCGCCGAGGGGUCGUGGCCGCCGCCGUCGGGCGCCCCGGACGCCGGGCCUUGGCUGCCCUCGCCCGGCCGCCGGCGGCGGCGCACAGCCUUCGCCAGCCGCCACGGUAAGCGGCACGGCAAGAAGUCGAGGCUGCGCUGCAGCAAGAAGCCCCUGCACGUGAACUUCAAGGAGCUGGGCUGGGACGACUGGAUUAUCGCGCCCCUGGAGUACGAGGCCUACCACUGCGAAGGCGUGUGCGACUUCCCGCUGCGCUCGCACCUGGAGCCCACCAACCACGCCAUCAUCCAGACGUUGAUGAACUCCAUGGAUCCCGGCUCCACCCCGCCCAGCUGCUGUGUGCCCACCAAAUUGACUCCCAUCAGCAUCCUGUACAUCGACGCGGGCAAUAACGUGGUCUACAAGCAGUACGAGGACAUGGUGGUGGAGUCCUGCGGCUGCAGGUAG